CUUCAGCGCUACUUGUCAGACCUGAGCAGCAGUAAGUAUAUCCAGACAGACAGCAGCUCUGGAAAACAGUCACGCUCCCUCCUGGGACCUGGGCUGCUGGCCAUGCCCUUGACCCUCUGGCCCAAGUGGCUGGUAGGUAAGGGACUGCCCCUUCUCGGAGCAGCGCUGCUGCGGAAGAGAGAAAAGACGGAACCACAAUGGAGCCACUGGCGGAGGGAAACCCACCCAUACUACGACCUUCAAGUGAAGGUGCUGAGGGCCAGAAACAUCCAGGACACAGAUCUGUUGUCCAAGGCUGACUGCUAUGUCCAACUGUGGCUGCCCACAGCUUCCUUUAGCCCUGCUCAGACAAGGACAGUGGCUAACUGCAGUGACCCAGAGUGGAAUGAGACCUUUCAUUAUCGGAUCCAUGGGGCUGUGAAGAACGUCCUGGAGCUUACCCUCUAUGACAAGGACAUCCUGGACAGCGAGAAGCUCUCCUUACUUUUGUUUGACCUGAGUAGUCUCCAGCCAGGCCAGCCUCACACAGAAAACUUCACUCUGAACCAGCAGGAUUCAAGAGAGCUGCAAGUAGAAUUUACUCUGGAAAAGAGUCAGAUGCCUGCAUCUGAAGUCAUUACCAAUGGGGUCCUGGUGGCUCACCCCUGCCUGAGAAUCCAGGGCACGCUCAAGGGAGACAAGACAGCUUCACUUGGAGAGCACGGCUCGAGGCAGAUCCGGCUGGCCGUGCCUGGGGCCUACGAGAAGCCACAGACAGUACCUCGGCAGCCGACCUUUACCUUCCACGUGAACCCAGUGCCGAGCCCCACGCUGCAAGUGGGGGUGGAAAAGCCCCUACUUUUGCAGAGCAGCCCCACUGAUCAGCUGGAGGCUCAGAGCAGCAAGCCGGGCCAGGCAAGCCUCCUGCUCUCCUCUCUGCCCCUCGGCCAGGAGGAACAGCACACUGUGGCGCUGGAGAAGGGCCAGGAGGUGACUCUGAGUGUGAAAGCAGAAAUGAGCUCUGGGGACUUAGACCUGCGCCUUGGCUUUGAGCUCUGUGACGGGGAGCUGGAAUUUCUGGACAAGAGGAAGCAGGUCGCAGCCAAGGCCCUGCAGUGGGUGAUGGGACUGAGUGAGGCUCCACACAGCGACCAGGUGCCUGUGGUAGCUGUGUUAGGCUCUGGGGGCGGAACCAGAGCCAUGACUUCCCUGUACGGCAGCCUGGCCGGGCUGCAGGAGCUUGGCGUUCUGGAUGCCGUGACCUACCUGAGCGGGGUUUCGGGGUCUACCUGGUGCAUCUCUACGCUCUGCACGGAUCCAUCCUGGUCCCAGAAGUCUUUGCAGGGCCCCAUUGAACGUGCCUCGGCUCGAGUCUGCAGCAGUAAGAUAGGGUUGCUCUCCCCAGAGCGGCUGCAAUACUACUCCAGGGAGAAGGCGGCCUGGGAGAGCAGAGGCCACACCAUGUCCUUCCCUGAUUUCUGGGGCCUCGUGGUCGAAUAUUUCCUGAACCAGGCGGAAAACCCUGCCAAGCUGUCAGACCAGCAAGAAAUAGUCAGCCAGGGUCAGAACCCAUACCCCAUCUACGCCAGCGUCAACGUCCACCCAAACAUCAGUGGGGAAGACUUCGCAGAGUGGUGUGAGUUCACACCCUACGAGGUCGGUUUCCCCAAGUAUGGGGCUUAUGUCCCCACCCAGCUCUUUGGCUCUGAGUUCUUCAUGGGUCGGCUGCUGCAGUCCUGGCCAGAGCCCCGCAUCUGUUACCUUCAGGGCAUGUGGGGCAGUGCUUUCGCCACCAGCCUGUAUGAGAUCUUCCUGAAGACGGGACACUCAGGCCUGGGCUUUCUGGACUGCCACAGAAGCACUGUGAAAAUCACAGAAAGCAGUCCAAGGUUCCGGCUGAAGGACCCCACACGGCUGCCUACCAGGCUCUUCACGCCACAGAACCCCUUCUCUCAGGCCGUGCUGGACAUAUUCACCUCCCGCUUUACUUGUACCCAGAACUUUAACUUCACCAGAGGUCUCUGCUUGUACAAGGACUACCUGGCUAGCAGGGAGUUUGUGGCCUGGAAAAAGAGACACCCUGAUGCCCGCCCCAACCAGCUCACACCCAUGAAGGACUGCCUGUCCCUAGUAGAUGGAGGCUUUGCCAUCAACUCACCAUUUCCGCUGAUCCUGCAGCCCCAGCGGGCUGUGGACCUCAUUGUGUCCUUUGACUACUCCCUGGAAGCCCCGUUUGAGGUGUUGCAGAUGACAGAGAAGUACUGCCUGGACCGAGGGAUCCCCUUCCCCAGGAUUGAGGUGGGCCCCAAGGACCUUGAGGAGCCCCGUGAGUGCUACCUGUUCACCAAGGCGGAAGACCCCUGCUCGCCCAUCGUCCUGCACUUCCCCCUCGUCAACAGGACCUUUAGGACACAUCUGGCCCCAGGUGUGGAACGACAAACAGCUGAAGAGAAGGCCUUUGGGGACUUUAUCAUCAAUGGGCCAAACACCCCCUACGGAAUGAUGGACUUCACCUAUGAGCCCAAGGAGUUUGACCGGCUGGUGACCCUGAGUCGGUACAACGUCCUGAACAACAUGGAGACCAUCAGGCAUGCCCUCCAGCUGGCUCUGGAUCGGCGGCAGCAGGCUGGAGAAGGGGUCGGGGGCUGAGCUGGUGAGAGUCAAAGGACCGCGGGAGAGAUGUGACGGAGGACUGUUGUUGGAAGUAUAUGGCAUUGGGCUGAUAAUGCUUGUUAUCAGCCCCAUAGUUGUUACGGCAGUAUUGUCUAACCCACCAUCAUAAUCAAUAAAACACAGACGC